AAUUGCCAGAGGGCAUAUAACGGCGUUCGCCUCUCCGCGUCUUCUUCUCUCCCAUCCUUUCUCUUCAAUACGACGACAAGAUGUCAAGCUCAAGCAUGCGCUUCCUCCCCUCCCAAGCCACCACGCUGGUACCUGUCCCCUUCGACCGAGGACAGAGGCGCAAGGGCGUUGCGCUGGGACCUCAGCGAUUGCUGGAUGAAGGGUUGGCUGAGCAGAUCAAGGAGCUCGGGUGGGAUGUUGAUGUGAAGGAGGAGAUGAAGACGAUGUGUGAUGGGGUCGAAGAUAUAGAUGCGAAGGGAGGCGGGGAUGUUGAUGGCAUGCGCAACCCUUCGUCGGUCUCUUCAAUCAACGAGCACCUCUCCACCCUCCUUCAACAAGUACACAGCAGCUCUCGUCUCCCAGUAACAAUAGGCGGUGAUCACUCCCUCGCCGUAGCAACGCUCACCGCUACCCUCACGCACCACCCCGAAGCCGGCAUCCUCUGGAUCGACGCUCACGCGGACAUCAAUUCGCCGAGCACCACCCCCUCUGGCAACUUACACGGCUGCCCCGUAGCCUUCCUUCUCGGUCUGGAGGGUACGAAUGUGCCCCCCUUCAACGGAUGGGUAAAGCCUCUCCUUAAGCCAGAGCGAAUCGCCUACAUUGGGCUGCGAGACCUCGACUCAGGAGAGAGGAAGGUAUUGAAACAGCUCGGCAUCAAGUGUUACACGAUGCACCACGUAGAUCGAUACGGUAUCGGGCAUGUACUCGAGGAGGCCCUCUCCUACCUCGGCGCGCCCGAGAAGCCUAUCCACCUCUCCUUCGACGUCGACGCUCUCGACCCGAGCGUGGCGCCGAGCACGGGCACGCCGGUGCGUGGUGGUCUGACCUUUAGAGAGGGGCACUACAUAUGUGAGAGGGUCUGGGAGACGGGCAGUCUCGUGGCGAUGGACCUUGUAGAGGUCAAUCCCGAUCUGGGAGCGAAGAGAGAGGAGGACGCCAAGGCUACGGUGGCAGUUGGGUGCAGUUUGAUCAGGAGCGCACUUGGGGAGGUGUUGCUGUGAGAGGAGGGGUCCCGCAAGUCAAAAGAGACUAGAGUAGAAAGCACGCUUGGUCAUAGGAAAGAGAAGAGUGACUAAUGUUGUUACAGAUUGUAGAGAUGACAAUGUCAAUGAAGCGAAUGGUAUCAAGUCUAUGC